UCAUGGUCUUCGUCCAGCAUGUUUCUCCUGUCAUUCGACGUUUAGCAUUGACAGCGAGUGCGUCAUUAAUCCACUAUCUGUUGGUUUGUGCAGUUACAUUCGCUACCAAUCUACCACAAUCAACGUACGGACCAUUUUUUGGAAUCUGUUUAGUGGCCGGCGCACCAAUUUCAUCAUGGACCCAACUUGUAAAUCCUUCGAAUCCUUGAAAGAUGCAGGCAACCAAAUUUUCAGAGAAACAUUUCGAGAUGACUCGCUUUCGCCUGUCGUGUAUCAACAUCGGAUGUGCAAAGCUUUACAAUAUUACAACAAGGCUGACAAUUUGGCUCGCAACGCUCAAGAGAAAUCGUCUAUUUUGAAGAAUAUGGCCGCUACAAAGUUCCGCAUCGGGGAGCGGCUGUACACCCGAAAAUACCAGCAUCAACAACCGGCGUUCGCAAACUUACAAUCGACUCUGCAGCUAGAAAAAGAAUUGAAAUUUUAUUUGGAAGGAAGUCUGGAAAACUUUGUCCAGGCAGCGGAAAUAGGAAAACUUUUCCAAAACGCAGACUGGAUUUCUAAGCUGACAGAAAGUCAACAAGAAUGCGCUUAUCUCCUCUGGAAUUUCUUCUUAAAAUCGUUGAAACAAGAAAAAUUAUCUGUUCUCUUUGGACGUCUGCAUAAACUUUGCUGGAAUCUCAAUGGAUUGACUCGAUCUAGCUUUUUUCUCAAACUUGGCCGCUUGACAUUUGAAAAGGCCAUCGAACAUCAAGAUAACGGUAGAUUCAUUGAAUCCCUGCAAUUGCUGCGCGACAACUACCUCAACAUUGAAGAAGCUAAGAAAGAUAAAGACCAAUGUGAAGAGGCUAUCGAAUUAGAAGAGUCCAACUUCAUCCAUUUGUCCAUUGGCGAGUCGACUUUGGCCAGGCAAAAAGGGGAUGACCUCUGGAGAGGAAUCAUGAUGGAUGAAGAGAGUAUUCAAAUGGAGUUGGUAUGGGAUGCUGUCGAUUAUUAUGUCCAAUCGAUCGUCUUGUCUAGAGACAAGUCGCUGGAAAGCGAAGCCAUGGCUCACAGUCAUCUCGGUCGACUUUACGAGUUGCUCAGAUUCAAUGACAAAUCUCACGACCACUACAAACUCACCGUGGAUCUGGUGGUUGCCAUGCAACCCAAGAAUUUCAACGACCACCCUUGGUACAAACAAGCUCUGGCCGGAUUACAUCAGUUCCAGCAGCAACAGCAAUGGAAGGAAAAAGAAGAAAAGGAGCGGGUUCGUGCUCCGAUAGUUGAGGAGUUGAAAGAUGUGCUGUACGAGAUGAAACGAGCGUCGGCAAGAUCAGCCGAGUCGCUGAUAGACUUCAUCUAUGCCAAUCAUCCACCCAAAAAUGGGCAACAGAAGUCAACUGAUGGUAACUUGAAGACCCAAUUGAAAAUGGCACUAUUACAUUAUCAUCCCGACAAACAGAAUAUGGAAACUCAUGGAUUGAAGUGGAUGGUCUUGGCUGAAGAGAUAACACUUUUACUAAAUUAUCAUUAUUCUGGAUUUAAAUGAACAGCAGCACAACACAAUUAAUUCAUAGCAAAAUCCUAUGUGUAUCAGCAAGGGAAUCUUGUGAUGCACAUAUUAGUCCUGCUGUGCCUUCUAGCUCGUAUGAAACCCGAAAUCUCCCAAAAAUAAAUUGUGAUCCACUUUUUCAACAGUCGAAUGAGCGUAGUUACGAUAUAUAGUGAGUACUGAGUAGCACUGGGAAUAUUUUUGUAUUCCCUUACUUAUUUCUUAAAAUUUUAUUGACCGAGGGUUCUUGAAACAAAAGACAAAUAACUAUUAAACCGUAUAGGAAACACCAAAAAUGUUCAACUGAAACAGUGAAACAUGUCGCCUCUGCAGUAUAUACACUUCGAGAACCUACAGUACAUCACUGUGAUCUUCCAUUUACUAUUAUGUCUGUCAUUUUUUCAAAUGAAUAUAUCAACAACUCUUGGCAUGUUUUUCCAGCGUGACUCUGCUCCUAAGUGUCAUUGCAUAUUUUGUAGUAGCUAGUCUUUUUGCCCAAUGUGGCCUCCAUUUCCGAAAAGUGUUAAUACAAAAUGUGAUCUACAUUA